UUCUUGAACAUGUCUCACAAUAAUAUYCGAGGGAUGUUGAUAGGAGAUCUUAUCCUUGCACCAGARGCUGUAGUAGAUCUAAGUGACAACCAAUUUGAAGGCUCGUUGCCUGGAAAAUUCAACGAAGCUGACAUUCUUCUUCUUGAUGUUUCAAACAAUAAUCUUUCAGGAUCUCUCGAGCAAUUCUUGUGUCCUAGUUUGGAGAGCGAAAGACAGUUGCAAGUUCUUGAUUUAGCCAAUAACAACCUGUCAGGUGUUAUCCCAGAUUGUUGGACGAAUUGGCAAGCUUUAUCGGUUGUAAACUUUGAGAACAAUAAUCUUUCUGGAGAACUUCCACAAUCUGUGGGGAGCUUAUCUUCCCUCCAAUCAUUCAACAUCCGCAAUAACAAGCUCUCUGGGAAAUUACCUGCAUCUCUUUUGAAUUUGAAAAGCUUACAAAUUAUUGAGCUUGCUGAGAAUGAUUUCACCGGAAGCAUACCAUUGUUGAUAGAUGGAGAAGAAACAAAGUUGAAACUAGUCAGCCUCAGGUCAAACAAGCUGGAAGGUGAAAUCCCWGAUGAACUUUGUCGUCUCACUUCUAUCCAGAUCUUGGAUCUUGCUCACAACAAUCUUUCGGGAACCCUACCAACAUGUUUCUACAACUUCAGCAUCAUGUCUGGAAGGCAAAAGUCGAGUGCAAUUGUGCUAUAUGAUUUGCCAUUUCAGGUGCAAGUUCUUGGCAGUGCAUCAUUGGUGACUAAAGGAAGAGAGUUUGACUAUAGCACCAUUCUGUAUUUGGUUACAACGUUGGAUCUUUCAGGUAACAAAUUCUCCGGGCCCAUUCCCAUGGAACUUAUGGGACUCUUAGGCUUGCGGUGGUUGAAUUUGUCAGGGAAUCAUUUAACGGGAAGAAUUCCGGAGGCGAUUGGUGAAAUGAUAUUACUUGAAUCUCUUGAUUUGUCUCUGAACCAGCUUGAUGGGAGGAUUCCUUCAAGCAUGUCGAGGUUGACAACCUUAAAUUGGUUAGACUUGUCUAGCAACAAAUUAACAGGAGAAAUCCCAACAAGUACUCAGCUUCAGAGCUUCAAUGAGUCCAGUUUCAUGGCAAACACACUCUGUGGGCCUCCACUUGCAGAGAUAUGCAACAAGAAAAGGGUCUCACCUGGGGAUUCAGAUGGUGUGAAUGAUGACGAAGAUGAAUCAGAUGGAGUUAAGUGGGGAUUCAUCAUCAGCAUUGUGGUUGGAUUUAUAAUCGGGUUCUGGGGUGUGGUUGGUCCUCUGAUUGCCAGCAAAGCAUGGAGAAGUGCUUACUUCUAUUUUCUCUACGAAGUGUGGUUUAAGAUUCGUAUCGCUUGUCGUAAUUAGUGUUUCUUUAACAUGCUUAUCAAUUGAGCAAGAAUGAGCUUAAAUAAGUGGAUUUGUAACCAUGAUAACAGAACAAGAUUUGCAGCU